AUGUUUCGUGCUGCCAGACUCUCGGCUUCUAGACUGCGUCCAGUCACUGCUACUGCAUUUUGGGCCCCUCAUGCCAAUUCCUACUCAAAGCCUGCCAUUGUCCGAUCCUUUUCUUCAAAGGCUAGCACUGUGAUUUCAAACAAAAUCGAUACUGAUCUGCCCGAAUUCAAGGAAAAUGCCAUCCGAGUUGCUCGUCUAACCCAACAGCUCAAAGAUGAUGUUGCUCAGAUCCGUCAAGGCGGUGGUGAGGUUGCUCGCAAGCGCCAUCUGUCCCGUAAUAAACUACUUCCUCGUGACAGGGUAGAUGCUCUUCUUGAUCCUGGAUCGCCGUUUUUGGAACUAUCACAGUUUGCAGGUCAUGAGCUUUAUGAUGCAAACGUUCCUGCCGGUGGUAUUAUUACUGGAAUUGGUCGUGUGAGCGGUGUUGAAUGCAUGAUUGUUGCGAAUGAUUCUACCGUCAAGGGUGGUACCUACUUUCCCAUUACUGUCAAGAAGCACUUGCGGGCACAAGAGAUUGCAAAGGAAAAUCGCUUGCCCUGUAUCUAUCUAGUUGACUCUGGUGGUGCCAAUCUUCCACAGCAAGCUGACGUGUUCCCAGACAAAGAACAUUUUGGUCGUAUUUUUUUUAACCAAGCCAAUAUGUCGGCCGCUGGCAUUCCUCAAAUUGCUAUUGUUUUGGGAUCGUGCACUGCUGGAGGUGCAUAUGUUCCAGCCAUGGCUGAUGAAAGUGUCAUUGUCAAAAAUCAAGGCACCAUUUUUCUUGCCGGACCACCUCUUGUAAAAGCUGCUACAGGCGAGGUUGUAUCUGCCGAGGACCUUGGUGGUGCCGAUCUACAUUGCCGAACCUCUGGAGUGACUGACUACUAUGCUCAGUCAGAUGAGCACGCACUUCAGCUUGGACGUCAGAUCGUUACCAAUCUGAACUAUACAAAGAAUCACCAGGUUACAGUUUGUCCAAUUGAGGAACCACUCUACCCACCAUCCGAGCUUGGUGGUAUUGUUGGUGACAAUUUGAGAAAGCCCUAUGACAUGAAACAAGUUAUUGCCCGCAUUGUUGAUGGCAGUAAAUUUAGCGAAUUCAAGGAGCUCUAUGGCACACAGCUAGUCACUGGAUUUGCUCGCAUUCACGGAUUCCCUGUUGGUAUUGUUGCUAAUAAUGGCAUUCUUUUCUCUGAAUGUGCUCUUAAAGGUGCCCAUUUUAUUGAGCUAUGCAGCCAGCGCAAGAUUCCACUUAUUUUCCUUCAAAAUAUCACUGGGUUUAUGGUUGGAAAGAGUGCCGAGGCUGGCGGUAUUGCCAAAAACGGUGCCAAGAUGGUCACGGCUGUUGCAACUGCUCAAGUGCCAAAGAUCACCGUCCUUUGCGGCGGUUCAUUUGGUGCUGGAAACUAUGGCAUGUGUGGACGUGCAUAUUCGCCGCGAUUCCUUUGGACUUGGCCUACCUCCCGUAUCAGUGUGAUGGGUGGUGAACAAGCUGCUGGAGUCAUGGCACAAAUUACUCGCGAUUCCAAAGCCAAAAAGGGAGAGACUUGGUCUGUCGAGGCAGAAGAAGAGUUUAAGAAGCCUAUUUUUGAACGUUACGAAUCCGAGGGUCAUCCCUAUUAUGCUAGUGCACGUCUUUGGGAUGAUGGAAUUAUUGAUCCCGCAGACACUCGCAGUGUUCUUGCACUUAGUCUCAGUGCUGCUCUCAAUGCUCCUAUCCCAGAUACUAAAUUUGGCAUUUUCCGCAUGUAAUUUCUCUCAUGCAACUUCAAAAUCAAAUACAUUGUUUAUCAUGUUAUACAUGCC